AUGAAGUAUCUGGUGGAGGUGGAGAAGGGAUUGCCGGCAGCGGGCGGCCGGCCAUCCGUGGGGCCCACCUAUCGCAGCCUCUUCGCUGAGGAUGGGUUCCCGGCGCCGGAGGAGGGUGUGGAGACAUGCUGGGAUAUAUUCCGGUAAGUGCAGAGGAGGAAAUGUUAGGUCCUGGGCGUGGCUUUUUGAGAACAGCGGAGAUAGGAAGAUAUGGUCUUUUGUUUUUUGUGCGUGGAAGUUUGAAAUGUUGCGUAAUACAAUAACCGCUCUUCAGAUCUACUGAAUCUUAUAUUUUUUAUUUACCAGAGUUUUAGCAUAAAGUCACGUAAAUUGGUAUAAUCCUGUUAAUUACGAGUUUAAAUUCCGACUGGUGAAAACUUUAAAUUAUUUAAAUAAACUAGUUUCUGGUGAGAGGAGUUCGUUUUGGGCUGUAUUUAUUCCGUCUGUCUUUUGAAGUCGGACUGUUUCGCUGACGUACAUAAGAUGAGAAAAUUGCGCCAUUGUGCGUGAAUCUCGUUCUUCUCCAUCUCUAUUUAACCAUGUUUGAUUAGUUUAGCUGAAAUACCAAGUUUUAGAAACUGAAAACUAUUUUUUUUGGCUGGUACAUUGUCCAUGCAAUAUAGAACGUCGGCAGAGAAGAAUUCUGGGAAUCGAAUGCUUGGCCGUCGUGAGAUUAUAAAUGGCAAGGUGAUUGCUUUUUUCUGUAGUUAGACUUUCUUUCAGCUUCGCUUUUCCUUCCUCUUAAUUUCCAGAAGAGGACGAAUGUGUCGCAUUGAUAAUAGAUUAUGCAUCUGCAGGCCGGAAAAUACAACUGGAUGUCCUACAAGGAGGUUUAUGACCUUGUGAUUAAAGUUGGGGCAUCAAUUCGUAGUUGUGGAGUCGAACAGGUAAUUUUGGCUGCCUUUACGUCUGCGUCUUUAUUACCAUCCAUUUCAAGUAGAAUAAUUGUACAGGAAUCUGGUGGUUUCAUGUGUGCAUCAGAGGAAAUUAGAUUUGUGAAGCAUGCUAUUUUUCAUUCGCUUUCAGAUGUCGCUUAAUGUUCAUGCUAUGAAAACUGUCUUCCGUUUCUAUCAUAGAUAGAUGCACUCAAUCCGAAUUUUUCGUCUGGCACAUUGUAUGGAAACUUAUCACUAAUUUUAUUAUGUUGACGAUGUUAAUGAAGUUUUCAAACUCGUGUACGGAAGAAAUAAUGUAAUUGUCUCCUGUCCUUCUGUUCACUCGCAGGGAUCUCGUUGUGGUAUUUAUGGUGCCAACAGUCCUGAGUGGAUCAUCAGCAUGCAGGUGUUCAUUGCAAAUAUGUGGAAGCCGAUCAAAGUUCAUGGUUUUCAAUUUGAUGGCAUGAUGCUUAGUGAAGAUUGUGGCAUUAAAAAUCUACUUUUCUUAUGCAGGCCUGCAAUGCCCACGGAAUUUAUUGUGUGCCUUUGUAUGAUACCCUAGGUAUGGACCUAAGGCGUCUUUUUUGAAGUUUCUGCAUACUAAUAUGUUUGAAAAAUCGUAUAUUAUGCUAUAAAUCAUUAUGUGACGACGGCGGUGGGGCACCAUUAUCGAUAUUGUGAUCAUGACAACUGGAAAGGGAAAAAUACAAGGGACCAUUCGUCUUUCCUCUCCUUUUGUUGCGUUUGUCUGCCUGGUUGUGUCCUCUUCUUAGACGAUACAUUAUGGACAUCUCAGUGAUGGAAUAAAUAAGGUUGCAUUUAUUUGAAAAUAUGGAAAAACAAUUCCCCUAAAAGAUUACUGACAUGCAGUGGUCUCUGCUGAUUCUAUCUUGGACUUCACUGGUGUGAUUUAUCUUACUUUUUAAAGUGACUGAUCCCUGACCUACAUUUGUUUACGAGUUGAUUGGUUAGAAGAUUUUAAAGAGAAUCAAUUUUUGGAUGGAGCUUAUUGGUUAACUGGUUUGAUUUGGAGAUCUGACUGAGCUGAUCUGAUUUGCAUUCAGGUUGGUACGAUGUACUUUCUGAAAACUGAAUUCGAUGUGAAUCUUGCCAACCCCGUAUACAAAAAAAAUAAUGCCAUGUCCAUGCUCAGGGACGUAGGCCAAGAAAAUAGGCUAAGAAUAUUGGCAUGUAUGCGCCACACUGUUGUGAUAAAACCCAAGGCUCAAUAGAUUUCAUUGGUAUUUCUGUGUUUCUUGAAGAAUCCUUCCUAUUCCUUUCUCUAUGUCAGUCAGAAAUAGGGCUUAUAAGAGGUGUCUAUUGUCUACUCUCCUAUACAAGUUGACAAAGAUUCCGUGAGUACUUGUGAUGUUAACUUCAAGAUAUGAAUUAGAGUAGGCUCCACAAUUUUAAUAAGGAAUUGAGCUUCAAUGCAAUCUACAAUCUUUUUUGAUACUAGGAGUGCCACCUCCAAAUAAAUAUGGUAAUCAUUCGUGUCUUCUCAGUUGCUGUGAACUUGUACAUCAGCAACUAUGCUUUUGCCACGUCUCUUGGUAAGAAACAUUCACUGACUAAGAAAGAAGGAUACUCUGAGGGUAAGAAUACCCGUUGUAGGGAAAUUAUCCGUGCUGAGUGAGACAUGAAAAGGUUGGAGAACUCCCAGAGUGAACUGAAACUGGAUUAUCAGAUGCCUUGUUUAGUUUUUUUGAUGCUGAUAUGAUGGUGGUGCAUUUACUUUUAUCAGCAGACGUAGUGUCCUUGGUAAUCUAUACUAGUCGGUCAGAAUUCAGUUCGUGACUUUCAGUUAGCUUGGUGAUUUAUCCUUUCAGGUAAUCUAUACACGUGGUAGCUGACUAAUCAAGUUCUUCCUUAGGGGUGUUCUUUCUUGAAGAAAUAAAUUAAAAGCUUCGACAUCCUUGUAAUUUCUUAAUAAUAUUUUCCUUAUAAUCAGGAUAAAAUUAAAUCCUGGAAUUCAUUCUUCUUGCUUAUGUUCAAUCAUUGCCGUUUUUUUUAAGAAAAAGAAUUAGUCCCUUGUUUUUCUUGGUACUACUGCAGGUGCUGGUGCAGUUGAAUUCAUCCUAUGCCAUGCAGAGGUUUCCAUUGCUUUCGUUGAAGAGAAAAAGAUUCCAGAGGUAUUGACUUUAGUGGAUUUUCUAGGGCUCUAGAUAGGUUAGCUUCGGAGUUGAUACAAAUACUUCUGAUCCUGAUUUUAAUAAGAAGCUACUCCUUCUGAUUUCGAUUUCGAAAUAAACUGCGGUCAAGGGGAUUCUGUUUUUCAGAUGAAAUCUGGUGAUAUAUUAUGAAUAUAAUUAAUUAUGGGAUUUAUGCUAUGUUCAUGUAUACCUUUCCCAUAAGAAGUAUGUUUCAUUUACGAGGAGUGUUUCUAAAGACAUCAUAUAUCUUGUAUGAAGGUCGUGUGUUUUUGUUUUAAAUUUAAAUAUAGUAUUUGGAUCCUGUUUUGAUUCAAUUUUAAGUGGCUUAUGCACUUUCUGUCACAAGUUAGAAAUUCUUUUGCAGAUGAUGGUAGACUUUUUGUACAGGCUAGUAAGCUCAUUGUUUGCUACUAAAUGAUUUUUUUUUCUACAGAUUCUGAAAACAUUUCCCAACUCGACGAAGUUUUUGAAAAGUGAGUUUUCUUGGCUUAAUGGUGUGGACAAGUGAAUAUAGUUUGAAAGUUCUAGAAUGAGUGCGAAGCUGAAAUCAUUUAGAUAAAUUCAUGUGAAAUGGGCUUAGUAAUGGUCUAGGCCUAAUGGCUUGUGCUUAUGAUCGGGCAUUUGGCAAGAUUGGAUGUACUAGCAUGAAAACAGAUGGAAUCAGAUUGUGGUAUUGACUAAUGUUGAAAUUCUGCUAUAAAACUGUUUGAACUAUUGUGUUUUUGCAGCAAUUGUUAGCUUUGGCAAGGUCACUCCUGAACAAAAAGAGGAAGUUGAAAAUUUUGGUUUGGCGAUACAUAAUUGGGAUGAAUUCUUGUUGUUGGUAGGUCAUAUUGUUUUUAUUCAUGGUUCUUUUUUAUGCAUCAUUUUUAGAAGUGCUAUAUUAUAGACGAAUGUCUUACAACAAGACAUGAAGAGAAUCAUUGAAGCUAUUGUUCUCUAUGUUUUUUUUUCUAGCUACAAUUCUGGUACAAAAACACCGAUCAAUCUUGAAUUCUGUUUUAGAAACUUGGAGCAACGCCCAUCGCUUAUAAUACAGAUGUAGAUUUAUCAGUGUUUUUAGCCCUUGCCCAACUUCGUGUUCUGACAUUAGUAUGCACAAUUUGACCGUCACUCAUUUUAAUUUAACAAUGUAUAAGGUAUCAAAAUUUGAUAACUUGUUGCAAACUUUGGGGAGAUUAUGGCGUGGAGGUUUAGGGUUUUCAUAGAAGGGGACCAACUGAAAGCUCUAAGGUUUGAGAAAGAAAUAAACGGUUCUAUGGUACUUGAGUUAAUUGAAAGCUAUUAUAAUCACAUUCAAUAAAAUGGUUCAUCGUCUAAAAUAGCAUGUGACAACCCUUGAUUUAUAAUCAUUAGUACAUUGCAAGUGGCAUCGUCUAAAAUAGGAAAAAAGGGCUAUCUCAGGCCAAGUAAUAGACUAAUGGCAAAAGGUAGGGAAAGAAGAGCUAUUAUGGUUCGUCAUGAAAACAAAAUUUUGGCAGGAUCUUCUGAACUCUAAAGGACAGGAUUUUUCAUCAAGUCGUUUGUGUUCAUCUUGCGACUAGUCAUAUAUCUCAUUAAACAGAUGCCUCAUCAAAACGUGUUAGUAGCACGACUUAAUGGAACUCGGUGACCAGGUUGGAUAAUAGAGAUAGGAGAUGCGAAAAGGUAUCAGUGUAAAAUGUGAAGCAUAUCUUUAUCUGAAUAGAUAGAUAGAAAGACUAGGAUGCUCUCUUCUGAAGCCAUUAUCAAUAAUGAUAUACUCAGAAAGUAUUUCAGACACUAACAUUAAAUCUGUAUUCUUCUGUGCUUCACUUCCCAAGAAAAUACCUGGACGCCAUCAGGUGUCACCAUCUAAAAGAAAGAACCCUUCAUUUUUUAAUGGUCAAUUCAUCAUUUGAGUGUUUUGUUGAAUAUUCACCAUUUUUGCCCAGUUCUGAUUUUUCCACAUUAAAGUCUGAAAUUUCUUUCCGUGCAUAUGCUUAGCAGAAAAGAUGACUCCUUGUUUUUAUCUGAACUAGUUAAAAUUAUUGUUUUCAUUUUUUUCUGUUCAGGGACAAAAUCAACAAUAUGAUCUUCCCAAAGUAAGUAAAUCCGAUAUCUGUACGAUAAUGUACACAAGUGGAACAACCGGUGAUCCUAAAGGGGUCCUGAUCUCUAAUCGGAGCAUUAUUACACUUAUUGCUGGUGUGAAACGGCUUCUCCAGUGUGUUCACGAACAGGUGAAGCAAAUGGUUCCCUUGAGCAUCGAAUUUCUUCACUUCCUUUCUCGUAAAUUUUGACACUGCAUAGAGCUCCAAUGAAUGUAUUUUCCAGAAGAAAAAAAAAAAUUUACAGCAUCAACUACUGAAUGUGUGAGGACUCUCCUGUUUACUGUCUUUUCAGUUGACUGUGAAUGAUGUGUACUUAUCAUAUCUCCCGCUGGCGCACAUCUUUGACCGGGUAAUUGAGGAGGCAAUUAUUUCCCACGGUGCCUCAAUUGGAUUUUGGCGGGGGGUAAGAUAGAUUUCUGCACCUCAUCUGGUUAAUUUUUGUAGACCAAGGAAUUUGAAUGUGAAUUUAGUGCCUGAAGAGAAAACAUUUUGAUCCAGUUGCUUGAUAUUUUUUAUUCAUUUGAACAUGAAUUUGCCGACUCCCUUAUGCAUGCUCUAUCCCCGCUUGAAAAUUACUUUGAAAAUAUUAAAACUGUUGAAUAAUUAUUUAUCUUAGAUGUUCUGGCAGUUUUCAUUUGAAUGUAAUAACCAUAGGGCUUUGUCAAGCACACUGCCAGCUGAAAUUGUCCACAUUACACAGCUUUGGAUGAAACUAUACUAAUCCAUGCCUUUUGAUCUGGACCAUCUAGUUAUAAGAGUAUAGUGCUGUCAAUACCAUGAAAUUACUGACAUACUCUGAUCUUGUGUGCUUUAUUCUUGUUCUGGGUAUUCAAACUUUUGAAAAAUGAGAUUUCGCCUCGAAUAUAUGAGGGUGAAAAUUAAGAACCUGACGGAAGAAUGUACGUUUCAAAAUAUGGUAUUAUUUCUGUUUUAUUAAAAUAUUUGCCUCUGAUUCAGGAUGUAAAAUUGCUGAUUGAGGAUAUUGGGGAGCUGAAGCCCACCAUCUUUUGUGCCGUUCCUCGUGUUUUGGAUCGGAUAUAUACAGGUCUGACACAUUGUUUGCUUGUGAUACUUUUUGCUUUCGUGUAACUGACCUGAUCCUCCAUUUGAAAUUCUGACUCACGCUGUUCCUAAUAAUCCAUGUAAAACAUGCACCCUUCAGGUUAUGUGAAUCGCUUGCAUUUUCUGAUUACUUGGAUCCCGACGUAAUACAAUGUUGGAGAUUACUUCCCCAUGCAGAAGCUGACUAUCAUUAAUGAUAGCCUUAGGUUUACAAAGUGACGAGUGUUCUGUCUUAAUCAAGCCGGACAUUAUGUAUUACGUGAUUUCCUCUUCAGUUCAUAUUCGGGAUAUUCGUUCGACUAAAAAUAGAAUUUUUUCUGGGACUUAUCUGCAGGUCUACAGGACAAACUUGCUGCAGGAGGUUUUUUAAAGCACACAUUGUUUAAUAUUGCGUACAAAUAGUAAGUAGACUCUUUCUUCCAAAAGUCAUCUGUGCUUUUCUGUCUGUAGAGGAAGCAGAUGUUGAAUCACUUGCUAUUUACUUCAGUUACUAGAUUUGUUGUAGACACAAUACUUUUAUGAUACGUCAAGUUGCUUUUUUAAAGUCAAUUAUUUUAACUUUUUCCAUAUAUGUCAUCAGAUAUUUUCCUUUCUGUUUUCAUUUGGACUGAGUUGACAAUGUUGCAGCAAGCUACAUAACAUGAGGAAUGGAAGUAAGCAUUCAGAGGCAGCUAAAUUUUUCGAUAAAAUUGUUUUUAGCAAGGUACGAAGAAAAUCUAUGGAGGCUUCAUCCCUGAUUUUCGUCUAUCUCAUUGUUUGAUCUGGCAUCAUGAUUGCGCGUGUCCUGAGGUUAAAAACCUUCAUUUUCCAGGUCAAACAAGGAUUAGGAGGCAAUGUUCGCAUUAUUCUAUCAGGAGCAGCUCCUUUAGCUACCCAUGUAGAAGAGUUUUUACGAGUGGUAGCAUGCUGCCACGUUCUGCAAGGCUAUGGUGAGCAGCACCAGAACCUAGUUAAUGGCUCUGACUCAGAAAUCCUGGAUUUUUUUGCCGAUUGUCUAAAAAUUUUCAAUUAUGCUCUAUAGACUGUUGUUUCCCCAUACUUCGUAGUAAGAAAGAUCAUACCGAAGAAUUAAAAACAUGCAAUUUUAGCAUCUUGGUAAAGAGACAAGCUAUGUUAGCACCCCAGGAAAAGACCAUACUUAAACAUGAUUGAACUUUGGGUGUCAUUAGAGAACCAAAUAUCAUGUGAAGAGAUUGAUGUGAGAUAAUAGGUUGGUUCAUCCUUAGCAAAGUCAGGUGAGAUAGCAACUUUUUGGAAUGGUCCACAUCCUACACAUUAUAUUUCAUGAGAGAUUUCAUCUGAACAAUUACCUAUCAUUCUGAUUUGGAGAUUAUUCAAGGGUUUGCCUUCGUUGUACAGGGCUGAAUUAUGAACAUCAUUCCUAAAUGUUGGGAAUAUCGCGUUUGCCCUCAUGGUUUUGGUGUGUUUUUGGUUCAAAUUUUUUUCGGGGGGGCUGUACACUAAAAAGUGCUAAUCGUAUUUUGCCAACGAAGUGUGCCUAGUGGCGUGGUGUUUGUCUUGUCUUUCAGCAAGUCUAGACUGACUCAUCCUGGUGUGAAGCCUCUACGUUAGUUCGCUCGUCUUUCAGACAGGCUGUCUGGGACGGCAUGUUAUAUGGAUGGGUUUCAUCAUUUAUAUGAAAAAUGGCUAAUUUACAUAUAGUUUGAAAGUCUAUAAUUCUACUUGAAGCAUGGUGAGGUCUAUUUCUAAGAGUUGUAUGUAUUAUAGCUGAAAAUUAUUAUUAAUACUUAAGGAAGCUCAUAGACCAUAUAGAUAUAUUCAUAGACAUAAAUCUGUAUGCUUCCUGAAAGGCAUUACAAUCUCCUGCAUAUGCCUGGAGUUGCUCGGUGAUAAGGUUCUAUUGAACAGGCACCCGAAACUUCCUUAUAUUGAUUCUUCGCAACUGUUGGAUAUUUUCAAGGACGUUAAUCUUCUCUCUUUUGAUGUACUAUGUACGUUUCUGUAUGACCUCAUGAAUGUACGAACGAUUGAAGUAAUACCCUCAGUUGCUGAUAGAUUCUUGACUCAUGUCCUCUAUAGUAGUUUUUUUUCAAGUGAAGGGAUUGAAAAUGUUUGUACCGGUGUUUUAUUUCCAAUUAAGAUGGUAUAUUUUUGAACCAAGUACGUUUUGUGGAACUUACAAGAUUAAUUGGUACCUGCUCAUAUGGUCAUAUCAUUCAGUUAAACGAAUGGGAAAUUUGAAAUUAUUGGAAAAAUAUUCUGGAAAAGUGAAAUUUAUUUUAGAAAAAGUAUUCAACUUUUUCAUAAUUGUUUUUCUGAUUCCUUUCUUUUACUCUCGUUCCCUCGAAAGAGAAAAAAUAUUUUAAAAUGCAAAAUUGCAUUUUGAUAUGGAGCCUACAUAUAAAUAUGCAUUGAUAAUACCUUUAUUAAUCAUCUUUUCCUUAUAUUGCAUGGUUCUAAUAUAUUGAAAGGUAACGCGAGGAGUAUCUCUACAUAGCAUUGACCAAAGUUGCUUCAUUAUUUAUUUAGAGGAUACUUUGCUCAUAAUUGCUCCUUCUCCAUAAAACUAUCCAUGAAUGGAGAAUUGCCACAUUACCAGGCGCAGCUGCCUUUUUACUUGAUUUGCAGUAUUUUGACGGCUGAUAUACUUUCGUUCUCCACCCAGGUCUGACUGAAACCUGUGCGGGCACUUUUGUUUCUCUCCCUCACGAGCUAUCCAUGCUGGGAACUGUGGGUCCGCCAGUGCCAAAUGUGGACGUCCGCCUUGAAUCAGUCCCUGAGAUGAACUACGACGCCCUCUCCCAAAUUCCUAGGGGAGAGGUCUGUAUGAAGGGGGAUACUUUGUUCUCAGGCUACUACAAAAGAGAGGACCUCACUGAAGAGGUUAUGAUUGACGGCUGGUUCCACACAGGUUAUGAUUGAGGCUACUCAGUGUUUUACUCACCUCGUCGGAUGGCUGACUUUGUUUCAUUUGGAUCAUCCUUGUGUGCAGGGGAUAUCGGUGAGUGGCAGCCAGAUGGAAGCCUGAAAAUUAUCGAUCGCAAAAAGAAUAUUUUCAAGCUAUCUCAAGGAGAAUAUGUGGCUGUGGAGAAUCUGGAGAACAUCUAUAUCCUUGUCCCUGAAAUUGACUCGGUAUGCCCAGUGAAUCUCAUGCUUCUGUUUGCUAUCUAACAAGGAUGAUCAUGCUGAAAGUCCCACUCGUGCAAGCUUUCCAGCUCUGAUCUUAUAGGGCUCAUAUUUUCCUUGCCCUAGAACACAGGAUCAUCAGGCGUUGACCUUCUUUUUCCCUUACCUUUUGCUGAUCUCGAUUUUUUUCUCCUCAAUGCUACUAAUUCAGGAUAUAUUACUUUAUGCUGAUUGACGGAUAUCCCCUUGUGCUGUUCAGGUGUCCUUAUUUGACCAUCCACUGACCCACAUAGAAUCUCGAGUUCAUUUGUCAAUAUCUUGACUAUCCACUGGCUCACAUAGAAUUCCAAUUUCAUUGGUCAACAUCUUGCCUCCUCAUGCAUAGAAAUCUAGGUUCCUACAAGGAGGUAUUAGAAUUCCACUACUUCUUGCGUAUCCUUGACUGUAGGCUCAAUUAUUUCAAGCGUAUCAAAAGGAAAUCCCUUGACGUUCAGAUGGAUGUACCUUGACUAUCGAGUGAUUUGUUUAGAGCUUGUAUUGCAUUCGUAAAUAUCUUACCUUAUUCGGUUUCUUCAAGGGAUGGGGUAGGGGGGAAGAGGGGAGACCUAGAUGGAUGAUCCUCUUCUUCAGAAGGUAAAGCUAGGGUUUUGGUUCCACAUAUAGAUUCAACUCCGACACUAAUGCUCCAAGCCCAAAGAGACAUCGACAAGGUUUUAAGGCUUAAGGUUUAGGUUUUAGUAAGAGAAAAAUAAAGAAAAAAGCUAAUAACAUAUUAUCUUGCUUUUACGGAUCAAGAAAUCACUUGACUUUUUUAUAUUAUGAGUUACUUACCAUCAUAUACUUCUUCUUAGUAGGCUGGUGAUGUGCUCCCAGGAGUAUUAUUUGCCCUUGGAUGUUCUAUCACCUUAUUAAUUAAGCUGAUGAUACUGAUGAUGAUGGCAAUGGCCGGCCGGGGGGCUGUUUUCAGAUAUGGGUCUACGGGAACAGCUUCGAAUCCUUCCUCGUCGCCGUGGUCAACCCCAACCAGGCAGCUCUCGAGCACUGGGCAAGAGAGAACGGCGUCAGCGGGGACUUUGGCUCCCUCUGCGGGAACCCCCGGGCCAAGGAGUUCAUUCUUGGUGAGCUCACAAAGAUCGGCAAGGCGAAUAAGGUUAAGUACAGCAGCUCAUCUUCUCAGCUGGUUCAUUGGUGGUGUCCAUAGCUGAGUAGAAUAGCAGCUCAUCAUCAUCUUCUUCUUCUUCUGUUUGGUUGCUUUUUUGCAGCUGAAGGGGUUCGAGUUCAUCAAGGCUGUGCACCUCGACCCGGUGCCAUUCGACAUGGAACGCGACCUGCUCACCCCAACUUACAAGAAGAAGCGCCCCCAGUUGCUCAAAUACUACCAGGUUCCCCUUCUCUACCAUCUUCUUUCUUUCUUCUUCCCACAUCGAAAACCCACCUUCCUCUCUCUCUCUCUCUCUCUCUCUCUCUCAUCUCUCAGUAAUCCGUUGGUUCAUCCUGAAACGACCCGCUGCUCUUGAUUUCAGGGCGCCAUCGACAACCUCUACAAGAACCCCACCAGGUGA